AUGUCCAAACGAAAACUUCAGUUAUUGCAAGCGUUGAAUCAUGAUGCUUCGGGAUUGUUGUGGAAUGCUUCAUCUGUAAUCAUGGGAGGAAACUCUAUGCCUUUCACGAUCGCUGGAAUGAAUACAACUGAAACAAAGAAUACCUCUUCAUCCGAAGAAGAAAGUUCAAAAAACUCAUCCAUGAAAUCCACUACUGCUUUGGUACAUGAGGAUGAGAAUAAUUUAUCUAACAAGUGUAAUUCAUUCGUCAUUCCCAUGCUUCAACAGCACGAACAACAAAAACGAUUAAAAUCCAAUCAUCAUGUUGCUGAAAAAUUGUCGGGGAAGGACUUUUUUCAAGUACAAGAAGAAAUGGAAUGCCAAUAUCAAGAAGAAAUGAAAGAAAAGGAGGAAAUAGAGAAAGAAAAUAAGGCUUUUAAUCAAAAGUUAGAAAAGAAGGAGGCUUUGAAAAAUGUAAUCAAAUCAGAGCCAAAUUAUGUCAAACUAAAUUUGAGAAGAAAAACUUUCAAGUCAAGAAGAAGGUUUAAAGGAAGUGGUAAAAAGUAUGGAGGUGCAUUAUCAAAGAAAGAUCUAGAAUUAUUGAAAGAACAAGAUGAUACUACUAUUGAAAAUGAUGAAAAUAAUGAACUGAUUGAAGAUGACAGUGAGCAGGAUGGUGACAUGAAUGACAUCACUCCUGCUGAAUCUAGUCUCUCUUUGGGCUAUUCAGUGGAAGAGAUAUUGAACUCUCAGCAAGUAGCAGAGUCUAUCUUAAAGGAAUACUUUUUACAUGAUUCAUUUAGACUAGGUCAAUAUGAAACAAUUUCGAGAAUUUUGAGAAAAGAGUCUGCCUUGUUAAUCUCUGUCACUGGAAGUGGUAAAUCGACGUGUUAUCAGUACCCCACUCUAUGUCUAACAUAUAACAAGAAAGAAUUUGUCGUUGUGGUUUCUCCGUUAAUUUCCUUAAUGGAAGACCAAAUGCAAAACCUUAUUCCUAGCUUACCAGGAGCAUUGAUGACCAACCAUCAAUCAAGCCAACAACGUUCAAAAAUCAUGAAUGAUAUCAGAAAAGGACUUGUAAAGAUAUUAUUUAUUUCUCCUGAAAGGCUUUGUGAUGCCAGGUUUAUUGAGAGUGCGAAACAACUUCCUCCCAUUUCAUUUGCAUGUAUUGACGAGGCCCAUUGUAUGUCAGAAUGGUCACACAACUUUAGACCUUCAUAUCUGAGCGUGAAAAACGUUCUCGAGAAGGAUCUUGGUGUGUCUACAAUAUUAGCCCUAACAGGAACAGCUACAAAAACAACAGAAAAAUCAAUUUGUGAAUAUUUGCACAUUCCGCCACAGAACGUUUCAAGGCAAACCCUGUCACGCCACAAUCUUGUGAAGACUGUUUCCCUUGGACUGCCAAGCAAGUUUACCGCUGUUCUCAAUCUCCUUAAUAGUGAUCGAAUGAAAGGAUAUAGAGAUUCUGUUAUCAUUUACACUAUGUUAAGAAAAGAUGCUGAACAAUUAUGUAGCCAUUUAAUAAUGAAUGGCAUACAUGCAAUUCCAUAUCAUGCAGGAAUUGAAGUUUCAAAGAGAAAAGAAAUUCAGAAUCAAUUCAUGAAGAGAGAAAUUAAUAUCAUCGUUGCUACAGUGGCCUUUGGUAUGGGAAUUUCAAUUUCAGGUGUACAGUCGGUUAUUCAUUUUAAUUUACCAAGAUCAGUUGAGAGUUAUGUUCAAGAGAUUGGGCGUGCAGGCAGAGACGGUUCUCCAGCUCAGUGUCACAUCUUCUUUGAUGAAGAUGAUUACAUAAUUUCUCGAUCUCUAUGCUACAGCAAUUACGUCGAUAUAUUUACUGUGAAAAAACUAAUUCAAAAAAUAUUUUCAAAGAAUGCAGAAAAAUGUCAUAUAUGUGUAUUAGGAGUGAAACAAUUGGAAAAGCAUUUAGACCUCAAAGAGGAAGUAAUCUCAACUCUUCUUACGAUUCUUCACAACAAAGGUUUUAUUAAGCUCCGUUCGAACACAAAUCACAUGUACACAAUAUUUUUCAUGAAGAGUACUCCUGCUGAAUUGGCAAAGAAGCACUCCUGGAUCAAAACGGCCAUGUCUCAAUCGAAAUCUUCCUCAAAGUUUGAAAUUGACCUUGCAAAAAUUGCUUUGGAAGCUUCUGUUUCUUUUUCUCAGUUAGAAACAGAAAUUAUUGGACUCAAAGAAAUUGGCGAAAUCAAAUAUGAAACAAAAUCUGAGGCAUUUUGUAUGGAAUUACUGCAACAUGUAACAAACAUUUUAGAAUUGUCAACAACAAUCACGGAUGAAAUGAGAUUGUUAGAAAAGGUAAAUGUUUCAAAGGUUCAAGCCAUGUUUAAGCUUGCUCGAGAAUUUGUUGUCUCAGACGAAGAAGCCCAAAAGACUAAUCCUACCAAAAAGGUUGGGAUGGAACAGUUGAUUGAUGAAUAUUUCACAUGUGAAAACGAACAAGAGUUCUUGAAAGAUGAGGCUGAUAUUGUAAAAACAGAACUGAAAGGCAAUGACCGAUCUGUCAUUCAAUCGGAUUGUUGUGUUUUACUUCGAAAAUAUGACACCAUUCCAAACGCCAAAACCUUAACAAAAAUUUUGACAGGUAUUUCAAGCCCAAAUUUCAAUGCCGAAUUUUGGAGAACAUGCGACAAAAAGUAG